UUGCCCAAAAUUUCUUUUUCAACCAAUAUGAUUCAGAGAUUUUGUGCAGAAACGAUGGCAGAAAUGAUGCUCCACGAAUCAUCAAAAGGAUCAGUGAAAAUUUUCUGAGGGGUUUGCAGUAAGAUACGGAAAAAAAACCCAACUGAAGAUCGUCCCUCUUACCCAAAAAAGAAGAAAGGAAGUUUCACCAGCCUUUUUGGCUUGUUAUUUGGGACAAAAAGAAGCUAGAAAAAUCCCCUUUUUAGUGGGUAGGCCUUUAAUGGCUGCUCAGUAGAGAGAGAGUCUCAAGGUGGCUUUGGUUGUUUGGCUUUAAAGGGUUGAGAGAGGGUGUAGAGUAGCAGAAGAUUGUAAUAGAUAAAGCUUCAUUUCUGUGUUUGGAAGGAGAUAGAACGAGAGAGAAAAUGGGGGGUUUUCAGAAGUGGGUUUGAGAGAAAAAACCUUUUUUAAAAAAAGAAAGGAAAAUGAAGGGCUUCACGGGAUUAUCAGCCGCUGAUAUGCUGUAUUAGAGGGAUGGCCUGGGAGUGGGGUUGUUCAUUUUGAGUACACGUUGCUCCAGAAAGUCAGAGGGAGAAAGGGAGAAAAAGAGAGAUUUGUUGGGAGAGAGAAAAAAAGAGGCUUUUUUACUUUAGUUUUUAGAUUGGGUUUUCAGUUUUCUAUUGGCUGCUUUUGGUUUGUUUUGGGUGGUUUUUUCCCUUCUUUUUUGGUUCAAACUCAUUGACAAAACAUAGUUGGGACUAGAGAGAGAAAACCAGGGUUAUAGGCUGUAGAGAGACACACAUCUAGAGAGAGAAAGUAAGAGAGAAAGAGGGAGGGAGGGAGCAGGGGAAGUGCCUUUUGUAGGUUCAUUCACUGAAUUUGUCAUUGGAGGAAGUGGGGGAAUUCGGCUCUUUUUUGAAUUUGAGAAGUUCUUCACGAGGUGCUGUCAGAAAUUUCUUUUCAAAAGAGUAUACCCAAUCUUUAUCCCUUUUUUUAAGGUUGUGAUGCCCCUUUUGUUAAUCUUUUCUUCCACAACCUGUUCUCAUCACUUCUCUGCUUGCUACAUGUAAAGAUUCUGUAGAUCUUUCAGAGCUUUUUUUCUUCUCAAUACUCCACACUUGUAUCUUUGCAUUCACAUCUCUCAAUCUCUCUCUCUCUCUCUCUCUCUCUCUCUCUCUCUGUAGUCUCUCAUUCGACAUUCCAGAGGGACAUAGGUUUCUGGUCUUUCCCUCCCAAUAAACCCCAACUUGUGUUUUGGAUUCAGCACUUGGGGUUUUGUUCCCACACCCAAUUCUUUGUGGGAGAAAAUGGGAAGAGCUACAAGGUGGUUGAGAGGCUUGUUGGGGAUGAAGAAAGACAAGGAACAGGUGGAGAAUUCCACCGCUGGUGACCGGAAGGAGAAGAAAAGGUGGAGUUUUGCCAAGCCAGGGAGGGAUACUUCUGGUGUGGGUCAGAACCCAGUCAACUUUCCGGCCAACAUUCCGGUUGAUUCCGCUUGGUUGAGAUCUUACAUUUCUGAGACAGAGAAAGAGCAGAACAAGCACGCAAUUGCUGUGGCUGCAGCCACCGCAGCCGCUGCGGAUGCUGCGGUGGCCGCAGCACAGGCUGCAGUGGCUGUGGUGAGGCUCACAAGCCAUGGCAGAGGAACCCUCUUUGGUGGAGGCAGAGACAGGUGGGCUGCAACCAAGAUUCAGACUGUUUUUAGGGGAUAUUUGGCCCGAAAGGCGCAUAGAGCUUUGAAAGGAUUGGUGAAGUUGCAGGCUCUUGUUAGGGGUUUUCUUGUUCGAAAGCGGGCUGCCGCAACCCUUCAUAGUAUGCAAGCUCUUAUAAGGGCUCAGGCUGCUGUUCGAUCCCAAAGAACUCUCCGUGCCCGCAACAAAGAAAACAGAUUUCCACCAGAAAUGAGGCCUAGAAGAUCCAUUGAAAGGUUUGAGGAAACCAGAAGUGAAUUCCACAGUAAGAGGAUGUCAACAUCUUUUGAGACUUCAGUUAAUGCAUUUGAUGAAAGCCCAAAGAUCGUCGAAAUCGAUACAUUCAAGCCCAAGUCAAGAUCCCGCAGAAUGAUGAAUACUUCAACCUCAGAUUCAGGCGAAGACCCGCCAUACCUAACACUCUCAUCACCUCUUCCAUGUCCAGUUCCAGCCCGACUCUCCAUACCCGAUUGCAGAAACUUUCAAGACUUCGAAUGGUGCUUCACUGGCGACGAAUGUAGGUUCUCCACUGCCCAAAGCACUCCUCGGCUUGCAAACACUAGCCGAGCAGUGGCCCCAGUUACACCAGCCAAGAGCGUAUGUGGGGACAGCUUCUUCCGGCCUUACUCCAACUUCCCCAACUAUAUGGCCAACACUCAAUCAUUCAAGGCCAAACUGAGGUCUCACAGUGCCCCAAAGCAAAGACCUGAGCCUGGCCCCAAAAGGCGGUUUUCCCUCAAUGAAAUAAUGGCAUCAAGGACUAGCCUAAGCGGGGUUCGAAUGCAGAGAUCAUGUUCCCAAGUUCAAGAAGCUUUGAAUUUUUAAAAACCCAAUACCGAACCGAUCUAGUUGAUUGAUGACUUCGCUAAGCUUUGUUUCCAAUAGGAUAGAACACAGGGUGCCUUUGUAAAUUCUUAAAGCAUGGCUUUGAUUGAAUCUUUUGCAUUUUGUCAAUGAAAUCAGAUUGCCUUUUAA